ACGGUGUUUGUCUUUGGGAGGUUCCUUGCUCACUGCUCAGUUAUUUGUUUGUGCUAGAGGAAAAAGCAAACACCUUCUCUGUUUCUCUUUCUAAUGGAUAAAAGGAGGAGCCCUUCAUCCUCACAGGAUGAGACGGGACCAGAAGUUGUGCUACGGCCAUCGAGACCCAAGCCACCCCAUCUGAGCCACAGAGCCUCUAGCUCGUUCAUACCUGAAGAAAUAGAAUUCAUGUUUCAACCUGAUGUGUCUCCUGAUCUUGCUGGCAUGCUGCAGAAGAAAGGGCGUCGCCUGAAAGCAUGGAAGCAGCGCUACUUUGAAAUUCAAGGGGCCAACAUGUACUACUUUAAGAAUGAAAGGUCACGAGGUGAGUGUUUAGGAUACAUUGACCUGACGCAGAUUUAUUAUGUCGGCAAGUCAACUGCUGCAAGCUUCGGAGCACCUUUUGAGUUACAGACAACAGGCCGCAUUCAUUUACUAGCUGCUCGUAAUGACAGCGACAGGGAUAAAUGGAUAAGUGUUAUCAAGUCCAAAAUGAUCGACCGUGCCAAGGGAAAAAGUAAAAGAGGAAGCAAAGCCGAUGUGAAUGCUGUUUUUCAAAAUCGAGACAGGCGGGCCACAAUCAAAUAUAGAGCUGGAAAGCCUCCUCCAGUCCCACCUCCUCCUUCCAUUGGUAAAAAGUUGAGCAUACCCGAGGAGCCUACACCAAUAAAGUCUUCUCAGAGUUUUCCAGAGUUUGCCGCGAAGAAGAUUGAAGUGGUACAGUCUCCAAGCCAUUAUGACAUGUCAUUAGCAGGGCAAGAAAAUCCGCCUGUAACUAGCACUCAAAAAGAGACAUCACUUCUUUGCCCACCCCCACCUAACGCUGUCCCUUCGGUUCCUCCUCAGACUCUUCCUCCUCAACCAACUAAUGAGCCUCCACCUCCUCCUCCUCAACCAACUAAUGAGCCUCCACCUCCUCCUAUUCUUCAAGACAUUCCUUCUCCUGCUUUAAUUGAUGAGCAGGUUGCUUUUGAAUGCGUGCCACCAUUGCCUGUUGAGGUAGCUCCUCCAAUGCCAGCAGCACCAACUAACAACCAGCCAGAGCCCACUGCUCAUCCUCCUCCUAACAAGAGAGCCUCUAUUCUUGAUGAUCUUCCUUCCCCAGAGGAUAUUGCUAUGGAUCUCUCAAUGUCACUAGGAGGUGUUCCCGAUAAUACAAAGAGGUCCUCCAUUUUGGAUGAGCUUCCUUCCCCUGAAGUUGUUGUUCCUCCUCCAUUGGAAGAUGCUAGUAAUGAUAGACGACGGUCUAUUAUUGACGAUCUUCCCUUACCUGAUGAAAUCUUUAUACCUUCUACUGUGGAAGACCUCGCCACAGGUAAAAGAGCUUCUAUUUUGGAUGAUCUUCCUUCUCCGGAUGAGAUUAUGACGCCUCCUCCAACAGGAGAUGUUCCUAGGAGCAAUCGCUCAUCCAUUCUUGAUGAUCUUCCCUCGCCUCAUGAAUUACUCAUAAACCCUCCAUUGGAUGAUUUCGUUCUAGUUGAUGCAUCUCCUUUUGAUUUUGGUCCUUUACCGGGAAGCGUUCCUUCUCCACAGCCAGUUCCUCCAUUGGUUGAUAUCACUAGUACAAAUGGUGCUCCUUCUCAACUAGGAGGAUCACCAUCUCCUCAUGCAUUUGGUGUAGCAGAUAGUGACGUUGUCAGCAAGUUGAGAGAGCUCUUGAAUCAAGAUGACAGCAGCUGGAAAUUGCCUUAUGAUGGAUCUCUUCUGCCUCCAAUGAACACCGAGUGGAUGCAGAAGGGCAGUGCUGCUGAACAGCUGAGACAUUUCUUACAAGUGUGCCCAUAAUUUUAUAUAUAUAUUUUUUAGCUUUAUUUCUGUAGUACAUAAUUUAUAUAUUAUACCUUUGAAAUGAAAUAUAAUAAUAAAUAUGUUUUUAU